GUCCCGAUGGACCAAAAGGUCCGCAAGGCCCUCCAGGAAAUAUGGGACCAAUGGGACCUCCAGGGCCACCCGGAGAAUCUGCAGAAGGACAGAUAAUAGAAGGACCUCCUGGCCCGCCAGGACCUCCCGGGCCUCCAGGACCACCGGGACCGGAGGGACCUCCUGCACCCGGCAACGGAAUGGGACCUCCUGGACCGAAAGGACCUCAAGGUCCACCGGGACCGCCCGGACCAGCUGGAAAUGAUGGACUGCCCGGUCCAGACGGACCUCCUGGGCCCGGCGGAGAGCGUGGAAUCUGCCCUAAGUACUGCGCCCUCGAUGGUGGAGUUUUCUUCGAGGACGGAACAAUGCGUCGUCGCUGAAG